AUGACAAUAACUAGAGCUCGCAGGAAACAUGACCCAAGAAAUGGCCAAGACUGGGAGCUGAAAGAGCCCGCAUUCGAUGCUCACAUAAUUAUGAAACCCGACUUUGUCUCCUUCAGCCUUGUCGGUGGGUGA